AUGCUCCAUACAUUCUGGGUCCAAAGUCGAAUUGAUCCCACGUACCUCCUCAUCGAAGCAUCCAGGACAAGAAAAUUAGCAUACCGAUGUGGCUCUCUUGCGGGAGGCAUUGGAAGCAUUAUUUACACCUGCGCUCCAACAUCUUCUGUAUCCAUGUCACAGCCAUGGGAUUACAUCGCUAAGCUUGUCUGUAUUGGAGACUCCGGCACUGGAAAGUCCAGUUUGACCAUUCGACUCUGCGAAGGGCGCUUCUCUUCCAGUCAUGAUGUUACUAUUGGCGUGGAAUUCGGCUCGCGUAUUGUUCCAGUCGGGCCUCCGGCUUCAAAGAGUCUGGGGGUAGAUUCCGAUGUUUCAGAUUCUUCUACUCUGCCAUCUUCAACGGCGACAGCUAUGGUUGCAUCCCACGAGUCUGCUGCCUCGGGCCUCCCCAGCCCUCCACGAAAACCGCUAGGAGAUCAACCACAGAAAAAAAUGAAGCUCUCCCUUUGGGACACCGCGGGCCAGGAGACUUACAAGUCGAUAACUCGCUCGUAUUUCCGUGGUGCCUCAGGGGCUCUCCUCGUUUAUGACAUCACUCGUCCCUCUACGUUCACCUCGUGCACCCAAUGGCUGCAAGAUCUUCGGCAAAUUGCAGAAGAUGGCAUUGUUGUAAUUCUGGUUGGGAACAAGAGCGAUCUCGCGGAAGUGAAAUCCGACGUGAAUCAGAGGCGUGUCACCAGGCAAGAAGCGGAGGAGUGGUGCCGCAUGAACAAUGUUGUUCGCUACGUUGAAACCAGUGCAAAGUCCGGUGAAGGCGUCGAGCGCGCAUUCCUUGAAGUUGCCGAGAGGAUUUAUCGCAAUAUCGAGGCAGGAAAGUACGACCUGAACGAUCGUCGAAGCGGUGUAAAGGGUUUUGGGGCUACAGGGGGAGCAAGCGCGGGAACGCCGAAGACCAUCACCUUAGGCUUGAAUGAUGCAAUGCGCAGUGGUGGAAAUGGUUGGCGCGGAGCUUGUUGCUAG